AUGUUUGUCGCGCUAGCCGUACAAUUUGUAUACCGUUAUUUCGCAAUGACCAAAAGCCCAAAACUCAAACUUUUCGACUCUUGGAGGAUGCCUAUAUGGUAUACUGCUAUGAUUUUGAUUUCCAUAUUCUUUGGAAUCAUAGUUUUCAUCUGUGGUCACCUUAUGGAAUUGGAAAGAAACGAUGGUUAUAGAAACUCAUUAUACUCUACUUUUGAAUUACCUCUCAACUCCACAAUCUACUAUGCUCGUAUGACUUAUUAUACCCACGACCCUUUAACCAACAAGAUCUUGCUAGACUGGUGCUCCUUGGGGUGUCUAUUCCUGCUAUUCCUUUCCAUUACACCUGUCUGUGUCAUGUUCUAUUGUGGCAUUAGAACUUAUAGACUAAUGUCAAAAGCAACUUCUCAAUUGUCAAAUCAUAUGAAAUUGCAGAAAGAAUUAUUCCAGGCACUUUUGAUUCAGAGCACUGUCCCAUGCAUUUUUCUAUUCUUCCCAUCCCUUAUCUACUUCAUUUUCCCACUUUUCAACCUUGAACUUGGCUUAUUUUCCAAUAUUUCUGGGAUCACUUUUGUCAUCUACCCUAUUAUUGAUCCAUUAGCAGUUAUCUAUGUUAUCAAGCACUAUCGUUGCUAUGUUUUCAAACUAUUCUGUUUGUCGCACAAAAUUACGCCAAAACUUCAGCGAGAUGUGUGCAUUGAUGUGGCGGAAGACGAGGCGAGAGGGAAUAACAAUACUAAUAAUAAUUUGGAGAUGUUUAUGUCGUUCAACAGCAUUUCUCAUGAAUGA